AUGCCUUCGGUCACUGUACAUCCGCCUGCGCUUCAGCGAGAAAACGGCAACGGCAACGGCAACGGCGUCGAGAGCGCUCUGCCGCCGACACUCCGCACUCCAGCGGGCCUGGCCUUGGUGGAGCUUCAAGGCAGCAUUCUGAGCGAGAGCGCCCAGGCCGAAUUUGGCAGAGCGCUGCAGCUCGGCCGCCUGGUCUUUCCUGCCGCUGACGACAGCGUGGAUGGCCGUGGUGACUGGGACGGCACGCGAGUCCUCCUGUAUAUUGGCACUCAUCAGCGUAUGGCAGGGGAGGUGAAGAAGCUCUCCAAACCAGUGGCCGUCAUUCGACGUCGCCCAAUUUCUCCUCACGCCAGCCAUCCUGCAGCCGAGGAUGAAGUGGAGAUCGCAGAAAUCAUGCAUUUGAAGAUGCUCUUUGCCCAUCGCCCAGAGCCCAUG